GACGUGUAUGCUGGCAGUCGCUGUUGACGCCGCAUUCUUAAGGUCCUCAUCCGUCAGUUCAGGCGGAUCUAGCUACUCUGGCGGCGGCUGUGGUCACGGGCACAUCCGUCAUGUGGACGGCAGCUGUGUGACUCCUGAGGUCACCCGCAGCUUGUAUGUGUACAGUGCACCUCCGGUCUCUCCGAUCGUUCGUCCACCACCAUACAUUCCUCGGCCCAAAAUUACACAUAAUAUUUUAUUCAUCCGCACCCCAGAGAUCGGUCCAGGCCAGGAACCCAUUGUGGUGCCACCACCUCAACAGAAGAACGUUGUGUACGUCCUCAACAGGCGACCCGUGCACGACCAGAAGGUCAUCCACGUACCAGCACCAGAACAAGAAAGUCCUCAAGUGUUCUUCGUCAACUAUGGAGAAGGAGACAACCCGACGCUGCCUACCGGUGGAGACCUGCAGUCUGCCCUCAGCUCUGCUGCCCAAGGUGGCGGUGACGUCAUUGGUGGUGGCUUUGGUGGAAGCUUUGGCGGUGGAGCUGAUUUUGUGAACGGCGGCAGUAGUUUUAGUGGCAGCGGUGGUGGAAGUUUUGGUGUCAACGAUGACGGAAGUGUUGGUGUCAACGGUGACGGAAGUGUUGGUGUCAAUGGUGACGGAAGUGUUGGUGUUAACGGUGACGGAAGUGUUGGUGUCAACGGUGACGGAAGUGUUGGUGUCAACGGUGACGGAAGUGUUGGUGUCAACGGUGGUGGAAGUUUUGGUGUCAACGGCGACGGAAGUUUUGGUGUCAGCGGUGGCGGAAGUUCUGGUGGCAGCGUUGGCACCAGAGGUGGUGACGCUGGUUUAGUGAGCAGCGGUGUUACAUUUGGAGGCGACAAUGGACUUUCAGCUGGCAUUGUUCCCUCCGUGAUCCCUCCGACAUCAUUGUAUUCUCAGCCAUGAAACCAUAGUCCUUUUAUGCAAAUGAAAACUUUCUUUAUUAUGAAAUUAUAUUUUGAAUAGUUUUAAACAAAACCAUGAUAAUUAUAAGGUGUAAUUAGGCUUUGUUUUAUAAUUCGUGUAAUAAAUCUGUGCAUUA